AGGGAAGGCGGGCAGCGGUGCCGUCCCGCUCUGGCCGGGGCCUUCGCCUCCGCUCAGAGCCCGCCGGGAUCGGGUGCUUCUUCUCUCCCGCUCUCUGCUCCGCUCCGUCGGACAGAGGGCGGGGUUUGUUGCCGUCUCAGGCCUCGGGUUCUCCUCCGUCCCCUUCUCUCGCCGCCCGUGUCGUGGCGCCGGCCGAGGGGCUGCCCCGACCCGCUGCUGGCGCGCGGCCGCCGUGACAGGCCUCUGCGGGGCCCGGGGGGCCGCCCUCGGGGCGAGAGGGGAAACAAAGAGGGGCGGCCGGGGCGAUCCACAGCUCCCGGGACACCGCAGGACCCUUUCGCUCCGUCGGCUCUUGUGAAGGCGGCACGGGAGGAGCGGCAGCCCUGCGCGGUGAGCCGUGCGCGGGGACCUUCCCGCCGAGGCGGCCGCCUGAACAAAGGUCCCAGCCCGGACUAUAUUUUGUAAGAAGAUGAAGCACAGAAAGCAAUGUAUUCAAGAUACUGAGGGUCAGAAGCAUGAAGGCAUGGAAGGUGAAGAAAAUGAAGAAAGCUGUUCUUGUUCUACGUCAUUGUGUGAUGGUGACACAUGCCCCAUCUGUCUGAACUGCCUUCUAGAACAAGAGAUUGGUUUUCCUGAGAACUGCAGGCAUACCUUCUGCAUGACUUGUAUUCUUAAAUGGGCUGAGACCCAGGCUUCAUGUCCUAUUGAUCGCAGACCAUUUCAAGCAGUAUGCAGACUUGAUGCAUUAGAAGAGCAGAUAAAGGUUCAGGUUAAAAAACAACUAAAGAGGAAGGAAGAAGAGGAGAACUGUGCCUGCAAUAAGGGAAGAUGUAGCCAUGUGAAGAUAAGUUCUGUGAGAAAAUCUGUGUGUACAGACAGAGGGCCAUUAACAGCAAAAUUAAGCAAAGUCAUGAAGAAAAAAUACAGUAAUAUUUUGUACGACAAACAAAACAAGAAAGCAUUGUCUGUGAAGAUAAACAAGCCCAGGAGACAGACCUGCUGGAAUGAGUGCUUCAGAACUAAUUUCUUCAGCACGCUUCUGGCUGGUGGUAGCAAUGAAGAAUCCUUUCACAGCUGUACAAAUGACUGUACAGAAUUCACAGAGGUCAAUGCAGCCAUCAGACAGAAGAGACAGGAACUGGAAUUGUCCUGUUCAUCUGCAGUUGCUAGAGUUGAAAGAAUUCCUUUAAUGUCUUAUGGAGCUGAAGCUGAGACCUUUCUUCUCACUUCUGCAGUGGCAGGGACGAUUCUUCCAACAAAUAUCAGGCCUUUGGAAAACUUUGAAUCUUUAGGCAAACGAUAUGCUGUUGCUUGUACCCAAGAAGGAGAAGAGAAAAAGCAAGCUUCUGGUUCAUCUGGCACUAGAGGAACUAGAAAGAAAUGGGUUAAUGCUACUCCCAGAAGAAGGUCUGCACGAAACAGCAAGAACGAGACUCUGGGUCCAUCUCGGAGCUCACCUCGGUCGAGCAGCUCUGCAUGUGGUGCCUCCGAUGGCAACAGCCCAUCUCUCAAUAAGUUGCCUUCAGAAUCAGAGAAGGCUCCUCCAAAACGAAAGUCUAAGAGAACAGUUAAACAGCAAACACCCGUGGUUAAAAAGAAACUGAGGAGUUCUGUGCGUUCCGAAAAGUCAUCCAGUGAUUCAGUGGAAGAUGAUGACGUUGCUGAGCCUGAAGCAGUUCCGACAUUAGAUGAAGACCAGCAGUCAGAUAAUGAGAGCAAUAACACAAGCCUUCCGCAGGAAAAUAACGCAGAAACAGAAUCUGCUAAUGGACUGGAAAGCUGUAGUGAACAUGCAGAAAUUGAGGAAGCUGUAGGAAACUGUGGCAACGAUGAAGAUACUUCAGGCAACAUGGAUAUAAGCUUUUCUGUCCAAGAACCUCCAGUACUAACCUCAGGGAGUGAAAGUCAGGAACUUGAAGUAAAAGCAGUUACUGAAAAAAAUGUCAGUCUUAAGAAUCAGGAUAUCUGUGAAGAUACUCUUGAACAAAUGGAAACAGUAGCUAGCCCCAGAGAUGAAGUAUGUGACUGUGCAGCUUUAGAAAAAGUAGAUGAGACGCUGUGUAGUCCUCAAAAUGAAUUGAUGGAGGAUGUAGAAACUUUGACAGAAAUAGAUCAGCCUGUAGCUAGUCCAGAAAAAGAAUUGUUAGAAGAUCCAGAACUCUUGGGAGAAGAUCAGCCAUUAGAGAGCCCCAGAAGCAAAUUGCCUGAGCAUCCAGAAGCCAUAAAAAUAGACGAUUCCAAGGCUGAAGAAAAAACAGUAGUGACUUGUGCAAGUACAGAUAUUCAAAACACAGAAACUGUUGAAGACAAAGAACCAAAUACGUUACUGCAGGGUAUCUCCAUGGACAGUACAUCAGAACAGUCAUUAAAAGACAACACCAUGCCAGACAGUGAAGAGAGUGGAACUUUAAAGUCCCCCCAGGUAAAUGUUGAGCAGAAACAUUUUGCUGAAGAUAACAAUGAAAUGAUACCAAUGGAUUGUGAUUCAUUUUGCAGUGACCAGAAUGAGCCUCAAAUCGAGCAGUUACCACCAGCUGAAAGCACGGAGCAAGGAGAAGUGAGCUCUAUGCAGUGUGAUGUGGGGAACUGUACGUCAGUUUCAGCACUUUCUGAUGAAAAAAAUGAAAGUGUUCCUCAAGAAAAAGAGUGCCAGACAGAACUCAAAAAAGAUAAAAAGGCUCGAACUAGAAGGUCUAGAUUUCACUCUCCAUCAACAACUUGGUCUCCUUCUAGGAGAGAGGGCAGGAAAUCUCAGUCACCAUCCCCUAAAAGGGAGAUGACCAGAGACAGGGGUUCACGAUCACCCAAGAAGGAAACUAUCAGGGAGGGAAGGAGAUCCUUCUCUCAGUCUCCAAAGAGAGAGACACUCAAAGAUGAGAAAAAAGCACCGUCUCGAUCUCCCAAAAGGGAAACUGUCAGGGACAGCAGGAGAUCGUCUUCCCGGUCAAGAACUAAGGAUUCGUCUCCGAGGCAAAAAUCGAGAUCUCGAAGCAGUGAUAGAGACAGUCAGAGAAGAGACCGUGACCGAGAAAGAAGAAACAGGAGGUGGUCCAGAUCACGGUCACGAUCUAGGUCAAGGUCACGAUCUAGGACAAGAAAUAAAGGUUCUUCAUUCUCCAGAAAUGAGAGGGACGGUCAUUCGCCUCGAUGGAAGGAGAGGUGGGCAAAUGACAGCUGGAGGAGUCCCAGAGGACACGAUCGAUACAGAAGGAGUGAUCAAGAGAAACAGAACGAGAGUCUGAAAAAAGACAAGGACAACACAGAAAAAACCAACGAUGAUCAGUGUUCUUCAGAUAGGCGAAGGAACGAUUGUCCAGAUUGGGUAAUGGAAAGGAUAAACUCUGUUCCCGAAGUCAGGAACAGAGAGAGAGACAAACAGCACUGGGAGGAGGGCAGGCACGAUAAUUCGGGACAGUCUUGGAAUAAAAACUUUGGUUCAGGUUGGAUUCCGAAUCGAGGGAGAGGCCAGCGUGGCAGGGGUGGGCGUGGAAGAGGCGCUUUCAUGUACGGAGAUCAGAGCGAAAAUCACUGGCAAAACAGAAAACCUCUCUCAGGGAACUCAAAUGGUUCUGGGAAUGAAACUUCCAAGUUCCCAGAACAGCAGCCAUACAAGCGUAAGAACGAGCAGGAUUACUCUUUCGAUACGCCUGCCGACAGGUCUGGGUGGACGUCUGCAUCCAGCUGGGCUGUAAGAAAAACUUUACCUGCCGACGUGCAGAAUUACUAUUCGAGAAGAGGCCGCAGUUCAUCAAGCCCACAGUCUGGGUGGGGAAUGAGACAAGAGGAGGAGACACUUGAACAAGAUGCAAACCUCAAAGAGCAAGGCAGCCAGCAGAGCGAUGGUUCUCAGCUGCCAGUGAAUCUGAUGCAGCAGCAGCAGCAGCAGCAAAUGAAUGUGAUGCCCCAAGUGCCAGCGCAGCACCAGCCCAUGAAUAUCUAUCCGUACCCAGUGGGAGUCCCUCCCCCCAUGAUGAACAUGCAGCGCAGCCCAUUCACCAUCCCCCCGCCACUGCCCCUGCACCUCCCUGCCGCCGUGCCUCUCAUCCAGGUAGCUGCUCCCACCAACCUGUCUCAGGGAUUACCUCCGCCUCCACCUCCGCCCCCACCAUCUCAGCAAGCCAGCUACAGUGCUUCACAGCAAGAUGCCAAACAACUGCAGGGUGUUCCAAAUGCUGCCCAUGUAAGUAAUAACAUGAGCGCUCCAGCCAUGCCUGCUCCAGCAGCAGUCCUGGGAAACAUGGGAACAGUUCAGGGACCAAGUUCAGGUAAUGCAACGUCGUCAAGUAACAUCAAGAGCUCUAAUGCAGCUGUCAAACUGGGAGACAACAAAGCAAGUGUAACAGUGGAGGCCAGCGCAGAUAGCUCCAAGAAGGACCAGAAAUUGAUAAUUCAAGAAAAAGCGGCACAAGAGGUCAAACUGGCUAUUAAACCUUUCUACCAAAACAAAGACAUCACCAAGGAAGAGUAUAAAGAAAUCGUGCGGAAAGCUGUGGAUAAAGUUUGUCACAGCAAGAGCGGAGAGGUGAAUUCUGCAAAAGUGGCAAAUCUGGUGAAAGCUUACGUAGACAAGUACAAACACUCUCGGAAGAAGAACCCCGAAGAGGCAGUGUCCUGUGAAAGGAAGUAGAACGUGGUUUCAGUUCUGAAUUUUAUUCUAUCUGCAAAGUGCAAUUUCAAGGUGAACCGUUAACUGAAAAUUGUACAUGACAGUCAUUUGAAUUCUGGUUUUGAUAAAAUUAUUUUUCAAUGUAGUAUAUAAUGUUUUGUUCUAAAGAAAUAUAGAUCUACGGGGCAAUUUCUUUAUUCCUUUUUAAACACAGAUGUCUAAAAAUAAAGGUGUAAAGAAAAAUCAUUAGGAAUGUACGAUUGUGUGGAUACUUAGAUGUACAGCGUUUUGACUUGAAUAACAGAGUGCAUUUAACGAGAGACUCCCGCCUGAGUACUUGGGUUGUGGAGCAGGUAUGUACAGAACACGGAAUCGCUCAAAGUGAAAUGUUUCUUUUGAUUUCUCCCUAAUUGUAGCAAAGAUAAAAUAAUGUAUUGCCUUGGCAAAGAUUUCUCACAGUAACUGGACAGGCUGAAUGCAGGGGGGCACAAGGGGUGUAUGUGGGGGGAAAAAAAAGCACAUGGAGUCGUCUGCCCAGGAGAACUGUUUAGAUUUUAGAAAGAGGCGACACAAACAAACAGUAAAAUGCAGUGCCCAAAGCCCCGGGCCCUGCACAUCUGUUGUAACACCAAAUAAAAACAAUGCUGCUUGGUUUUGUUUGUGACGUUUUUCACUUUGUUUUGAGGUAGUGGGACGAACUUGAAUCGUUGUCCUGCGCUGAAAGCCCUCGGUCACCACCCACUGAUGACUGCAGUUGGUGCCUGUAGCUCGUAGGGAACUAGUGGGCUAAAGCUGGACCUUCAGCGAUGAAACCAGGUUCGUCUUUCAGUACAAUCAAGGAAGCUGGGGCUUGCUGCUCAGGGACUGCCAGUUGUGCCAGUCUUGGCUGUGUGACUGUGUAACUCUCUUCCCCCUUACCCAGGAGCUGUAGCUUGGGCCACCACACCCAUGGCACUGCACCUGUGCAACCUGAAGUCACGGGCAGCAGCUUCUCUCCUGGCCCGAGCCCUUUUACAGAGAGGGUGGUAGCGGUGCCACAAACAUUUUAAAAGCAGAGGUGGAGUGAUUGAUUGGGCUGGGGGAACACUCACACCUUCGGUAACAGGAGUUUUGCUGAGGUGGCAGCAGGGAGGGUUGCUGAAACAGUGCGAGAACAGUGAGAGCACUACACGCUCCUCACGGAAAGAACAGCUCCUACAGCAGGGGCCUUACGCCAAGACAGAAAUGUUUGUUCCCUUACUCUCAGCACUAAUAAAGUGUUGGCAGUCCCCCUCCCCUGCUGCUCUGCGGUGAGAACCUUUGGUGUGGGCUGAGCUGAGCCUGGCUUCUGCCCCAGCCCAGGGGCUCUGGCAUGGAUACACCCUCCUGACGGAAAGGAGCGAGCGUGUGUUCUGAGAAUGCAUCUCUUUGGAGCCAGUAGUUCCCAAAUUAACUUUUCUUGGCAGAAAAACAGCCUUACCCUGUAAGUAACUUUUGCAGAAGCCUGAGGAUGAAAUAAAGGAUACUCCUGUACACACAUGUGGUUAGAGAUGUGUAAAAAUGCCACGUGUGUCGUGACAGGUGAUCGCUGGGGUCCAGCUGUAACUUCCUACAGCCAUAAUGAUGCAUUUGCCUAUAUUUAUUUUUGUGUGCCUAAUUAAGAAAAGCCUAUGUACAUUAGAAACAGGUAUAAUACAUUUUCUACAGUCAAGCCAGGUUUUAGAUUUUUCAAGAUAGUCAGUUUUACACUGUGGUGGCAAUUUGUAUGACCUCUGGAAUUAUGUGAAGCUAAAAUGGGUUAGCACUUUCUGAGGAAUGUUGUAGCAAAUUGCUAUGUCUCUCCUGGUUUAUCACGCCGUGCGUACUUAUUUUUAUUACCUUUUCCUUCUCUGAAGUUUAGGACUGUAAUGACUUUUUCUACCUUUUUACUCUAUACAGUUGAGCCUUGCUACGAAGCUCCUUUCAGGAGCCGGAUAAAUGUUCUGUGGCUUUUUUUGCCCUUUUAGAGGAGAGGUGGAAAUUGGGUGGGAAGGAGCACUGGAGGAUUUAAAGGGGGAGAGGAUCACUGGUUUCUUGUUGUGCAGCUCUGACUGGAAGGGAAGCUGUCACUUGCUGCCACACUGUUGGGGCAGUGACUGUAGUGAUGCUCCACUGUAUUUCAAAAUGUAAUGAAGAAUAUCAGAUAGAGUAGCAUGUGAUCGGUAACUUUUUUAACGAUGAAAUACUUCAGAACUUAUCAGAAGAUAAGCAGUUCCUUAUAAUUUCUAUGUUGAAUCGAAAAAAAUUGCAUUGCCUUAAUCCAUAGACUCUCCUAUUUUUCCCAAAAAGCAGUAAGGUCUCUGUUGGUGCCACUGCCCAAGUACUUUAACCUCAUAGUUCUGGUUUUGUUAAAAGAGCAUGAAAGCUAUAUUUCUAUUUAUUGAAACUCCUUGUACUGAAAGUCCCAAGGUGCAUUAGCAGCGAGGCAGAGUGGGGGGGAAGCUGAGCCCCCUCUGCCUGCUGGGUCGGUGAUUCGUUCUAUCCUAAUGGCCUUAAACACUUCUAAACGUGCACACCUUAGACCUUCUGUGAACUUAUGCAAACUGAAAGGGUUUUCCUUGCACUCCUGCCACUGUCUCAUUCACUGUGCAUGCUGCUUGAAUGUCUCUUACUAAAGAUGUAACUUAUGAGCACAGUGGCUGUCCAAAGUCCACAGGAUGGUGUUUGUAGCAUACGGCUGGAGUGCUGUCUACUGGAAAACAUACUCUUAAAAACUAAGUUUUGUGUAGUGCUUAACAGUUUCUAAUAAAUUCUUUUCACUAA